UUGGCCCCUCCAAGACAGCUUAGGUAUGAAGCUGCCGGGGGGGCUCACAGUGCUCUAACUGCUAGGUGUGUAAUCCGUCGGUCCCUCUGCGAAACAAGGCUCGAAAAGAAAAAGGAAAAAACACAAUCCAAGCAGAGGGGUCCAGAUAUCGCGGAUACGCAACCCUGACCCAACUAACGUUAACUAGCGUCCCACCACCACCAUGGACGAUUCACAGCAGCCUGAGGACGUCGAGCUCGAGACUCCGCCGUCGGACGUGUUCAUCCCGCCAUCCAUCAACGCCGCCGCGCUGCUCGCCGGAGACACCUACAGCUACUUCUCCCCCGUCCCGCCGGCUCUCCUCCCGCCGCAAGACUCUCCCGGCACCGCCGGCCCUCCCUGCGCGCUGGGCGUCGACGAGGCCGGCCGGGGCCCCGUCCUGGGCCCCAUGGUCUACGGCGUCUUCUACCUGCCGCUGCCGCUGUCCGACCCGCUGCUGCGCGCCGCCCACCACUUCGACGACAGCAAGGUGCUGACGCCCGCGGUGCGCUCCGCGCUGAUGCGCACGCUGUGCACGCCCUCCAGCGACCUGCACGCGUCGUGCGGCUGGGCGGUCACCGCGCUGUCGGCGCGCGACAUCGGCGCGGGCAUGCUGCGGCCCGGCGGCGGCGCGGCCGGCGGCGCGGCGUACAACCUCAACGCGCAGGCCAUGGACGCGACGGUCGCGCUGGUCCGCGCCGUCUACGCGCGCGGCGUCAACGUGCGCGAGAUCUACGUCGACACCAUCGGCCCGCCGGCCGCGUACCAGGCCAGGCUGGAGCGCGUGUUCCCGACCGCCAAGAUCACGGUCGCGAAGAAGGCCGACAGCCUGUACCCGUGCGUCAGCGCGGCGAGCGUGUGCGCCAAGGUCACCAGGGACGCCGCGCUGGAGACGCUGUGGAAGGCUAGGGGGCGGGCGGUCAACGGGGCGGGAGUGGAUGUGGGCGCGGAAGGGCAGGAGCAGGAAGACAAGGAGGCGGACGACGACAAAGGCAUGGCCUGGGGUUCGGGGUAUCCCUCGGACGGGAGAUGCGUCUCCUGGCUGAAGGGGCACAUGCACCCCGUCUUUGGCUGGGGGCCUGAGUGCCGGUUUAGUUGGGGAACCGCCAAAGACAUGCUUGAGGCUGCUCCGGCGAAAGGUGGUGGUGUCAAGGUGGAGUGGCCGGUAGACGAGGGAGGAGACACACAUCGGUUGACCGACUUCUUCGUUGGGAAGGACCAGGAUAGGGAUGCGGAUGAACUGGGAACAUGGUUUGGGACACCAGCAGGACUAGAAGCCUUCUGAACGGGUUGACUGGCUUGUACAUGUGCUCGUCGCUCUAUUCUCGGCGUUUGGCGUUGGGGAGUUGGGCGGAAAGUUAAAGAUAUCCCCCGGCGUGGCAGUUCCAACUGACGCUUCUCUCAU